UAUUUUCCAGUUUGUAGCAUGGAUCAUUCAUUGCAACAUUUAAUCUGAUUUUCAUGCUUAAUCUGUUGAUAAAUCUCGAAAAAUAAUUGAUGCUACUACUGCCCACUGACUUGGUCUUAAACCUAUAUUAUUAUCCAAUUUUAGAGCCUUAAAAUGCACACAUGUAGGUCAGGAAAAUCACAAUUUUCUUGGGGUAGCAUGCACCCGAAGACCCCCCUAACAAUCUACAUUUUGGGACCUCGGUAGAUUAAAAAGUUGUUGGGAGCGCGGUGGUGGUGACGUUGAAGGCGAGUCCUGGUGCUGCAGUUUGUUUAUAGCCUAAGUUUAGCUUUUUAGUUCUCUUUAGUUAGGCUUCAAAAUUCGUCAAAGUUAUAUUAUCUUGAUGGACAAAACGUGUAAAUUUCAUGAACUAUGAUUUUUUGCGAUAAUCCAAAAGCCUUGUCGUCUCGGGUAUUCUUUGCAGAUGGAGGGGGCGGGGCUUGUGAGCGCUCGAGACGCUGUGCUUCACUCUGCAGCGCUCGUGAGGAUCACUCGGUGUGCGCAUGCGCGAGAGACUGAGUUUACGGUGAGGAAAUUAAUAUUCAGUGAAGCUCCUCCCACAACAAUCACACAUUCAGUAAUUCACCAAUAAAUGCUGGAAUAUUCCCAUCCGUUUACGAGUGAAGACGAGCAUCAGAGCAUCAGGAAGAGCUGAGUUUAUUAAAGAGGACAGAGAGAAGAUGAGAGAUCCAGAACCCUGCAGAAUCAAACACACUGAAGAUACUGAACAACAAACAGAGUUGAUUGAAGAUAAUGAAGAGAAAGAAGAAUUGAGUGAAUCUGAGGAGAAAAAUCACGUCAGAAGUGGAGAAAAACCCAAACAGAAGGAUUUAAAGAAAAAAAGGCCCAAGAAAUCUUUCACCUGCACUCAGUGUGGAAAGAGUUUUGCAUACAAAUGUUAUCUUGAGAAUCACAUGAGAGUUCACACUGGAGAGAAACCGUUCACUUGUGAUCAGUGCGGGAAGAAUUUCUCACAAUCAUCAAGCCUUAAGCAUCACAUGAACAUCCACACUAGAGAGAAACCGUACUCAUGUGAUCAAUGUGACAAAACAUUUUUGUGUGCUUCAAACCUGAAAAAACACCUGACAAUUCAUACAAAGGAGAAGCCAUAUUCAUGUCAUUUGUGUGGAAAGAGUUUUUCAUUACUACAAAGUUUGAAAUUACAUCAGAAAAUACACACUGGUGUGAGAGAGUACAUGUGCUUUGAGUGUGAGAAGACUUUUACUACAGCGAGCCAUUUAAAACUGCAUGAGAGGAUUCACACUGGAGAGAAACCUUACAAGUGUUCACACUGUGACAAGAGAUUCAAUCGGUCAUCAUGUCUGAAAACACAUGAGAGGAUUCACACUGGAGAGAAACCAUACGCAUGUGAUCAGUGCGGGAAGAGUUUCAGAAUAAAAGAAGACCUUACGACACAUAUGAGAGUUCAUACUGGAGAGAGACCGUUCACUUGUGAUCAGUGCGGGAAGAGUUUCAUACGCUCAUCAACCCUUAAGAAUCACAUGAACAUUCACACUGGAGAGAAACCUUACACAUGUGAUCAAUGCAGCAAAACAUUUUUGAGAGCUUCAGACCUGAAGAAACACCUGACAGUUCAUACAAAGGAGAAGCCACAUUCAUGUCAUUUGUGUGGAAAGAGUUUUUCAUUACUGCAAACUUUGAAAGAACAUCAGAAAAUACACACUGCUGUGAGAGAGUACAUGUGCUUUGAGUGUGAAAAGACUUUUACUUCAGCAAAGUGUUUAAAACUGCAUGAGAUGAUUCACACUGGAGAGAAACCUUACAAGUGUUCACACUGUGACAAGAGAUUCAGUCAGUCAUCAAAUCUGAAAACACAUGAGAGGAUCCACACUGGAGAGAAACCGUAUCACUGCACUGCAUGCGGGGAGUGUUUCAAUAAUUCAUCUGUUCUACACAGGCAUGCAAAAAACUAUCACAGUAAGUAGAUCAUCUUCAGAUCCAGCACUUUCAGGUCUGAUGCUGCGUCCUCACCAAAAACACAAUAAUGCAUCAAGCAAUAAAAUAUCAUCUGGACAAAUCUGUCAUAAGUGACAUUAACAAGAAAUAUCUAAAGUUUUCACAGUGAAUAAAGUUCAUCUUCAAAACCAGCAGAUUCAGCUGAGAUUCAGAUCAACUCAAAGAUGGAGGUCAUCCUCAAAGAACAAUGUCCAAAAGUUUUAUUGUAUAUCAUUUUGCUUCAUGAUAUAAAUUAUAUCAUUGUGCUUUCUUAUGGGUUACAUUUUAUGUUCAAUAUGUUUAAUAAGCAGGAUUGGAAGAAUAGUAACACCAUUAAAACCUUACAGAUAUCCAUCCAUACUUGUAAGUCAGUAGGAGAGAGAUCCAGCUCAUUCGUUUUCACUUUUACUUAGCUUGUUUUUGUAUUUGCUGAUUAAAUAUAAUUAUUGAUUAAAUAUUACCUUUUUUAUGAAUACAUUCUCUACUUUUAAUAUUUUAUCAACAACUUUUUUUGUCUGCUGAUUGUAUUUGAAUCAGAAAAAAGUAAUUUUGUCAUUUUAGUUUUAAUAUCUAAAAGCUAUGAAGUAUUAUAAUUGCUUUUAAAUUUCUCAAUAAAGCUUUUAUUUGCCUAAUAAACUAUAUUUUACUCCACACAUGAGUGAUAUUGAAUGAGUUUGUCUACAUUAGCCACCCUUCUUCUUCUUCUUGUUCUUCUAGCGGUGGGCAGAUCGAUCCUAAUAUUGAUAGUAUCGAUAUGAAUGUUGAUAUUGGUAUCGGAUCAAUACGAGCCUGAUGAGAUCAAUACUUUAGGUUAAUAUUCUCUCCUCAGCUCUUAAUACAUUACUUCUUUUUCAACAAAGAGAAGAUAUGUCUGUGUGU